CUUCUUCCACCACCAGAGCCAGCCAUCCUUGCGGCACUUUUCUCCAACUAUUCCACGUCAUAAGAGACCAUCUUGACAUACUACUGUCUCCGAACAUGGCUGCCAGGCUUCUUGAGUCCAAAUCCCAUCUCGUCCCAGGAAAGCUGAAGGUCUCGGAACUCUUCUUCGAAGUCCCAAAAGACCAUUUGAAGCCAGCAGGUGGAACCAUCCAGCUCUUCGCUCGAUCGAUCACCAGGCAUGAGAAACCCGUGACUGUUCUGUCAGAGGAAGAGCAACUCAAAACCCAACAAAAGCCCUGGUUUGUGUAUCUACAGGGUGGACCGGGCUUUUCAUGUGCACCACCUCAAAACCACCCUCUCACUAAUACCGUACUCGACAAAGGCUACCAGAUGCUCUAUCUUGACCAGCGUGGAACGGGGCUUAGCAAUCCUAUCACCUCUGCUACCUUAGCCGAGCAGGGAGAUGUCCAUAGACAAGCUGACUAUCUCAAGCUCUUCAGAGCAGACUCAAUUGUAAAGGACUGCGAAGCUAUCAGAAAAACUCUGACUAAGGACUAUCCCGCAGAGUUGAAGAAAUGGUCUCUGUUUGGGCAAUCCUUUGGUGGCUUCUGUAUCCUCACAUACCUUUCCAAGUAUCCUCACGGUUUGCGUGAAGCAUUUGCAACUGGUGGGCUUGCACCUAUUGGCAAGUCACCUGAAGAGGUAUACAAGGCUACGUAUCGCAAGGUUGUCGAGCGGAACAAGGCAUACUAUCAGAAGUAUCCAGAAGAUGUUGACGCUGUGCAUGGGCUUGCUUAUCACAUCAGAGGCAAAGCUGGCUUGCCACUACCAUCCGGGGGCGUUCUCACUGUUCGAGGCUUUCUGACCCUGGGUCGAAACUUUGGGAUGCAUGGUGGUCUGGACAUCGUCCACAACCUGGUGCUGCGAAUGAAAAGCGACCUCGCCCAGUUCAAGUUCGUCACACGGCCUACGUUGUCAGCUCUCGAAAGCGCCCUGAGUUUUGAUGAUAAUGUUCUCUAUGCUGUUUUACAUGAAGCCAUUUACUGCGAGAAUGAAGCUAGCAAUUGGGCAGCGGAACACGUUGGCAAAAGCUUAAAGGAGUUCUCGUGGCUUGCCGGGUCUCCUCAAUCGGCACUCGCAGUGCGAGAGGCACCUUUGUUCUUUUCAGGUGAAAUGAUAUACCCAUUCAUGUUUGACAUCUUUCCCGAAUUGGAGAAGCUUGCACCUGUUGCAGAUGUCCUUGCCAAAUACAAUGGUUGGCCCGAACUAUACGAUCAGUGGCAGUUGGCUCGGAAUGAAGUGCCUCUUUACGCUGCGACCUUCGUGGAUGAUAUGUACGUAGACUUCGGUCUAGCUCAGGACACUGCAAAGCUGGUCAAGAAUUGCAAGCAAUUCAUCACGAAUGGGAUGUACCAUGACGCUGUUAAGAGCAAGACAGACGAUGUCAUGAAGCAGCUUUUCGCGCUCAGAGACGAUUCUAUUGACUAAUUGCAAAUUCACAAAUGCGCCCUUUGUCCCGCAAUCUCUCGGGCUCUCCUCAGCUGCUGGGGCAAAUCUUCGUUCCAUAUCCAGUCGUACCGAGUUUCCAGCGUCCGCUUGAUCAAGUCCAGAUCAGUCCCGAGCUUUUCGUCUUCGAAAUCAUAAAUCGCUGUCGCUUCACGGCUAGUCGUCACAACUUUUUGACUCCUGGGUCUUCGAAUAGCAUCAUAGGCGUGGAAUGCCUUCUCAAUUUCAUUUACCGAUUCAACCUGGCCAAGAAGAUUGGAUAGAAUGAAAGCAUCUUCAAUGGCUUGGCCUGCUCCAGCACCUUGAUGUGGGGUUGAGGCAUGAGCAGCGUCUCCUAAAAUUGCAAGACAGCCUCUGUAGUAAGUUGGUGCCGGAGGAUGGUCGAAUAAUGCCCAUACAUCGGGUUUCUCCAUAAG